AUUUGGAUUAUUCAUUAUUCAUGAACCCAAAAGAAAUUCCUUUAUUCUAGACGUGGCAACUCAUCAUUGGUAACCAGCACACUCCCUCUCCAAGUCCUUUACUCAAUGACUCGAAACCUCACUCUAAUUUUCCCCACAACCAGAGAUCCGAUCUAUCAAACUGCACACUUUUCCCGGAAAAUCCAUUAACCGAGAAAAUAACUCAUUUCCCAUGGCAAACGCAUGGAAGCGAGAACACAGCAAAACCCAAAAGCUCCUCUCACCCAAAACCCUUCUUUCCCUCCUCAUCCUCAUCCUCAUCCUCAUCUUCUACCUCUGUUUCUCUUUUCUUUCCCCUAAAAACCCCACCUUUAUCCCCACAACUGCAUCUUAUAAGACCCAAAUAUCUACCCAAAAUUUCCCAAUCCCUCCUUUUAAUUGCCGCAACUCCCCGCAAUCUCAUCCCAUUAUUGCCAACCAAGUAGAAAAUCUCAAAUACCCUUUUAUUUACUCCUUGGCUGACUUAGGCUCACUCCCUGACAAGCCUCACAAGAACAUCGUCAGACUUCUUAAAGGUAAGCCCUUUCGUCGGCCUGACAUCUCUGCCACUGUUCAGGAUUUUCUGGAAGGGAAAAACAGGGAUGGUUUUUUCGUGGAUGUCGGGGCCAAUGUCGGGAUGGCCAGUUUCGCAGCAGCUGUUAUGGGGUUCAGGGUGUUGGCUUUUGAGCCAGUUUUGGAGAAUUUGCAAAGGAUUUGUGAUGGCAUUUGGUUUAAUAGGAUUGAGGAAUUGAUUACUGUGUUUGAAGCAGCCGCAUCUGACCGUAAUGUAAAUAUUACUUUCCAUAAGUUGGUUGGCCGGCUUGACAACAGUGCCGUUUCUGCUGUUGGUGCAAAGUUGGCAUUCAAGUCCAAUGAAGAAAUAGCAGUUCAAGUGAGAUCCAUACUUCUCGAUGAAGUUAUCCCAGAGUCAGAGCCAGUGCUUCUGCUUAAAAUUGAUGUACAGGGAUGGGAAUACCAUGUAUUGAAGGGAGCCAAAAAGUUGUUAUCGAGGAAAAAAGGUGAAGCCCCUUAUCUAAUCUACGAGGAAGAUGAACGACUGUUGCAAGCAAGUAACACUACCGCCAAAGAGAUACGGGAUUUUCUAAGUAGUUUGGGUUAUACUCAUUGCACCCAGCAUGGUACAGAUGCUCAUUGCACCAAGAAUUAAUGCAAUUAGCACGAAUUUUCCAUGGAUGACAACCUUACUGCAAAUCAGUUGUUUUGCAUGCCAUUUCUCUCGGCUUUCAGACAGUGGAAUGCAGUUCAUCCCAAUACAAAUUUCUUCAUUUUCUUUUUUUUUUUAUGAUAGAGAAGUUGAACUGAAGCUGAUAAAAGGUUCUAUCGUCAACCCACUUUUCUCUUCGCAAUUGGCUGGUUAAUGGCAGUUUCCUCUUUUGUAAUUUCCAUUUAUAGAUCUGUUGUUUGAUUAAAUUUCUAGUGAACAAAUUGAAGCUAAGGUUACAAACCUUGAGUUAGGAAAGAA